UUUCGAGCGAAAACUGGAAGACGGAUUGAAAAUGAAAAUGGCGAACUACGAUUGUUUUGGAAGUGAAGAUGGCUUGGAGAGUACGAAAUUAUUCCUCAAUACAAGCCUUCCAUUAUAUGGCUAUCCGAUAAUGGAAGAAAUCAGACGUCAAGGAAAGCUGUGUGAUGUAACUUUAAAGGUUGGAAAUGUUCAGUUCACAGCCCAUCGUAUUGUCUUGGCCGCAGCUGUGCCGUACUUCCACGCCAUGUUUACGACAGACAUGGUGGAGAGUAAACAAGACGAGAUAAUGAUACAAGGCAUUGAACCGAGUGCCCUAGAAGCAUUAGUGAACUAUGCAUAUAAUGGCCGUGUAGAGCUGAGUAGUUCCAACGUACAGGCCAUCCUUGUCGGAGCAAACUUUCUACAGUUACAAGCAGUCAAAGAAGCAUGCUGUGAUUUCCUAAAGGAACGGCUGCAUCCAAAUAAUUGCCUAGGUAUCAAGAGGUUUGCUGAUACGAUGGUGUGUAGUAAUUUAUUCAACGCCGCAGCUAGCUAUAUCCAGAAGCGUUUCACCGAUGUGUAUAGGUCAGAGGAGUUCUUGAGCCUGACACCAGAGGAGGUGCUAGAGAUCUUGACCAGUGAUGAACUCAAUGUUACUGGAGAGGAACAGGUGUUUGAUGCACUUAUACACUGGGUGCGUUAUAGUUUAGAAGACAGGAAAAAUUUAAUGCCACAAUUAUUAGCAACAGUUCGUCUACCUCUUAUACGACCUCAAGUUCUGACAGACAGAAUAUCGACAGAGGAACUUGUAAAAUCUUGUCACCGUUGUAGAGACCUAGUUGAUGAAGCCAAAGAUUACCACCUGAUGCCCGAACGGCGCACCAUGCUGCAAAGUCCGCGAACAAAGCCACGUUGUUGCAAUGACAUUGCAGGCGUAAUAUAUGCUGUAGGAGGAUUAACUAAAGCAGAUCCAUUCCUUACAGGCGAGUCGCUGCGUACUGUAGAAUUUUAUGAACCAAUUUCAAACACGUGGCAUUUAGGAAAAUCCAUGUCAACGCCAAGGAGUCGUGUCGGCGUAACUGUAUUAUCGGGACAGAUGUAUGCAGUCGGUGGCUACGAUGGCAGUGUUCGCUUGGAUACUGUAGAAGUGUUCGACUCUCUUAGCGGUGAAUGGUGGGACGUAUCGACAAUGAAUAGCAGGCGAAGCGCUCUCGGUGUUGCAUCUUUAGAUGGCCGUGUCUAUGCCUGCGGUGGUUACGAUGGGAUAUCAUCCCUAAGUUCUGUUGAGUGCUAUGAUCCCAAACUAGACAGGUGGCAAAUUGUUUCUGACAUGUCCAAAUCUCGCAGUGCGGCUGGGGUGACCGUAUUGAAUGGUGAACUCUUUGCAGUAGGUGGACAUGAUGGGCUUUCAAUAUUUAGUUCAGUUGAAUGCUACAAUCAUUUUACGGGACGUUGGACGAUGGUUGCACCAAUGCAGACUAAGCGAUGUCGUCUUGGUGUGGUAGCUUUUAAAGGUAAACUCUAUGUAUGCGGUGGGUACGAUGGCUCGCGGUUCCUAGACUCGGUUGAAGUGUACGACCCAGUAACUAACACAUGGGAGUACGUUGCGUCGAUGAACAGCAGACGAAGUCGCGUUGCUCUUGUGUCAAACGGCGGACGUUUGUAUGCUGUUGGCGGCUACGACGGUUUGUCUAAUCUGAGUACGAUGGAACGGUACGAUCCUGUAGCGAAUGUGUGGGAGUAUAUGGCGCAAAUGACAGUUCAUGAAGGUGGGGUGGGUGUUGCAGUCAUUCCCUUGACACCCUAGAUGUGGAAAAAAAAUAUCUGCUACCAGUUACUAAUAAAUGGCCAAUCCCAACGAGUCAUAAAAUGUUACCACGACCUUUCUAAAGCAUUACUCUAUAUUACCUGGUGUCUUGCUUAAUAUUGUUCUUGUUACCAUGGUUUCCAGUUUGUUAUUUUCCUCAACAGCCUGUAAUUCCCAUUCGUACAGUACAUUAGUUUAAAUAUAUUUCUGUCCAUCCAUUUGUAAAUUCAACUGUUGAUUAAUGGCAACCAUAUGUAUAAUGUGUCUUUAUUGUUUGGGUAUUGUUAAGGAUUGCAAUCAUUCUAUUAAAGGGGUGUUACAUUCCCUUCAUAAUAAUAUAUGUUGUGGCAUACCUGAUUCCACUAUGGUGUGGCAUCUAAUUGUUCUUGUUGAUUUUCUGUAAGUCACGUUGUUGAUGUAAUCCCUUUCUAAUUCAGAAUGUAUGUUUACCAAACCCAACCGACCUAAUUUUUUUUUUUUUAACAUCAAAACUCACACCAAACUAGGUAUCCACAAGUGAAUAGUAUGGUCAUGAGUUUUGGCACAUGGUACUAAAAAAAAUAAUCUGACCCCGAUUCCCAGUUGUGACUGCACUUCAACCACUCAAAAAUUUUGUUUUUAUUUUUUUGUCCUCCAUGUAUGACUAUGUAAAAUUACUGUACACACAUUUGUAUCUUCAAGUAACUUGUUUGUUGCAACAACUGAUAUUUUUCAAACUGUUUUUUAUGAGUAUAACUAAGCACGUAGCAGAGUAUUCUAGGAGAUACUACCAUUUGUACAGUCAGUAAAAGUGAACUCUAGAGGGCACUAUAACUAAUAAUUUAAAUAACAGGAUCUAUAAUCGCAGCUUUGAAUAACAUUCCUUCACUAUAAAUUUAUUGAACUUCCAUUCUCAAUAAAUAAGAACUAAAAUAAACUGACUGUAUUUAAUGGAGGUUCACAAAUUCUGAUAUCAAAACAGAAUGAUGGUUGAUAAUUAUCCCUAUCAUUUAAAUACACAUAUUCUUAUUAUCUCACUCGAGUGGGGGAUAUUAACAGUGAAACAUGGAGACCAUAAUUAUAUAUCUGUUUUAAGUAAUGUUUUGUUUCUAACCUGAAUGUACAGUAGUAAGCCUUAUAAUGAAUAAAGUGUGUAUAAAUGUAUUUAUAUAUUGCACUUAGGUAUAUGUGCAAAAAGAUAAUGAUAUGUAAAGAGAUGUAUUUUCAUAAUACUCUAUUUUGUAUAUUUAUCGAAAAGGAAAUUACGUUUUUAUAAAUGUUUUUCAUUUCAGUUCAUAUUGUUGCUUGCUUUAGCCAAAUACACACAUCUGAACACUUUUCCAAACAAUGUUCUACAAAAUUACAGCAUUCUCGUAAACCACCUACAACAGUAAACAACUUUUGUCAUGAUCUUUAUUAUUGAUUUCGUGGAGCUUGUUACCAUGUCAUUCGUUGCAUGGACCGGCUCACUCACAUUUUAUUUAAUUAACACUAAUUAAAAUUAAAUAAACUAAUUUAAAUAAAAUAAAUUAACAUUUUAUAUUGUUUCAAAAAUAUAUUUAUAUAAUUUUGGCGAAAAUAUAUUUGCUUUAAUGAAUGAUGAAUGUAAAAAUGAAAUUUUAUGUUUUUAAUGAGUAUUUGCAUUUAGCUCUGCUUGAUAACCUAAAGGUGGGCAAUUACUGCGUCGUAUGACAGGUGCACGAAUCCAAUACGCACCAUGUGAGCGUGAUUGUCGGUGGCAGUCUAAAUGGAUCAUUAAAAACAUUCUGUUGCACUGGUGGCAUUGUGUUCUUUAUAGAAUCGCAUUGGCUGACCACUGUCGUGCGUAGAAAUGCCCAGCUUAAGACGUUAUUACUUUGGCCAAUACAUAGAGUUACCGUGAUGAGUUGUUAUCCAGUGGUGUAUCAAAUAGUAUCGACAUGGGGCUAAUGUGGGUGCAAAGGUUAAGUGGGGGAUCUUAAGUAAAAAAAAUAGGAAGGAAGGCACUUGCAGAGACCUGUGCAUCACUGCACUAUCCAAACCUCAUAGCUUCCUAUUGAUAUGCCACUGGUGUUGUUGUCCAAUGAGGCUGAAUUCUGUCAGUUAUAAGGGUCAUUAAUUUUGUUGUAUUGGCAGCAGCAGAGGUGUGAUGGAUUAUCCACUCUUUGCAGAGAUUUUUUUUGUUUUUUGCUGAUACAAAUCUGUUUUCCUAGAACCAUUCCGAUUAAAUUGAGUUUUCAGUUAA